AUGGCGUCCAUUAAAUCUUUGGGCCUGCACCAGCCGAGCGGCCUCCAACACGCAACGCACGAAGAUGCCCCGCCAUCGACGUACGCCUGGGAGAUAUCGACCGAUCCUGAUCACAGCGAGUACGACGACACGACCGAGGUCGAAGAUGAGCUGUUGGUUACCAAGAACUGCGUCGUUUGGAGUCGCGGGGGCGUCUUUCGCAAGUCGUACAAGUUCGACCUGGAAAAAGAGCCCGUCACCCAGGCUCUGCUCGCGUCGUUUCCUACCUCCGACCACAGCAAAAAGAGCGCUUCGAAGAGGAAAUCCCUCGACCCGCCGACCGAGCCCCGUCGUCUAUCUCGAGCCUUGGUCGUCUUCCUACGCACACAAGCCCAUAUCUACUUCCUCUCCGGCACGAGCCAUGUCGUCCACAUGCCUUUCGAGGUCGAGGCCGCCUGCGCUGCGCCUCAGGGUGUCAUUAUCCAGCGCAAGCAGCGAGGCGAUACCACCGCGCCUGUCUCCCUCAAGUUCCCAAAAGUACCGCCGAACUCCUUCGUCUCCUCUCAGAUUACCGUCACUUCACCUCAAAGCUCCCAACAUACCGUCUUCUCCGUAGAGGGCCUGAACAAGCCCAAGUCGCUGCCGUUGAGGCUAAGCUCGACCCUCGGCAACAUGUGGGAGGGUCCUUUGGAACAACCAGACUCUCAUUGGCCCCGCCUGGUGUGCCUGCUAGAUCCCUUGCAAGAGUUGGGACUCAUCGUCGCUCGUCCAGAUGAUGCCGCCCGAGACAAGAGGAGGAAGAGUACGCCAAGAGCGCCAUGCUUUCUGGAUCCCGCAGAAGAGAUCUUGCACAUGGAGGAGAUCAAGCAUCCAGGUGCACCCAACACCAAGAACGCCGAGCCGCUCAUUCUCGCCGUAACCAUCAACCGAGAAGCCAGCACAUACGCAGUGUGGAGAGUGACAUAUGUCAAGAACGAGGACCCCUUCAUCGGCCGCCUUAAGAAGGACAAGAGCCGGGCAGAGCGUCGCCGUAGCUCCAUGCAGCCGCAUUUCGCCGCGAGUGGUGCCUCGACGCCAGUUCAGACAAAUUUUCGGGAGAGCUUCGGUGCGCCUUUGCCUGGGAAACGAUCCAGAAAAAGUGAAAAGAUCGAAAAACCAGACAGAGUUGAGAAGCCGCUGGACUUGGUUUCCUCUUUCGACCUGGACAAGGAAUCCGGCGCCAAUCGGAGGCAGUCGCGGCGAGUGAGUUCGAUGUUGGCUCGCGCCGAUCUCUCCGCUUCUCAAGAACGCUCCGUCUUCUCUGAGCAGCCCUUGGCUGGCCCUGCACAUGGCGGAUCCAAGCGAAUCGAGUCUUAUGGUAGUCAGGGGCCUAGACUAAGUGGCGGCUUCAGCUCCUUCAACCACAAUCAGACCAUCCAUCCGAGUCUCGGCAGCCUGCUAGAGGCUCCAAUCGACGGCGUAUUAGAAGAACUGCGGGCCGGUGGUGAUUUCGAGGGUUUUCACAACAUGGGCCUCGAUGACCACGUCUUCGAUGGUCUUUCCCAAGAGAUGAUGUUCACAAAGAUCCAGUCCAUUUCGUUGGACAACUCUAACGUGCGGUAUUCCUUAUCCAAACAGCCUGCUCGUGAGAAUUGCAAGGUCUUCAUCCUGACUGCGCCGCAAUUCGCCGUAGACGAUCCUCUUCGCGGUGAGCUGCUUGUAGGAAUCCAAGACUCUCUCGACAAGAGACUGCAGCUCCUCACAAUCGACCUCCAACGAGGGCCGCGGUUUCUUGUUCCACCUAAACCGGGCAAAAGCUCAACCUCAUCAGAAGACCCCGUCAGGUUAGCUUGCGGCGCCCUUCGGCGAGCUCAUCAUGUUGUGGACUCUUGCAAAGUGACUGACGGCGACAUCUCGGUUAUCCUCAUCCUGUCUGAAGGGCAUGAGGGUCGCAGGGAACUCAGUAUACAGGCGCCAUGGAGUCAAAUCACACCCAUCAACCUGCCUCCAAUGUCGCUGGAAAACGUGAGAAGUUUGCAUUAUCGCGGUCGAGUUGUCGACAGGGACGUCCGGCAUCGCAAGUCUGAGAACAUUGAAGUCGCUAACGGCAAUGUCGGAGCGCUCAAAUACUCCAAAGCGAGGGGUAUCGUUGAUAUGGUUGAUGGUGAGAACAGGCACCAUCAGAUUCAAAUUCAGCUUCAACCUCGGAAUCACCAGGUGCGGAAAGUGCUCGAUGCUUGUCGGAGCAUUCUUCCCGCAUCUCACGCGGAGAAGAUGUUUCCUGGCUGGUGGCAUAUCAUGAUAUGGUUGAAGAGCGAAGAGAUCGAAGUCGCUGAUGCUGAGUGGUCAGCACUGGUGAUUCAGCUUCUGUCCAUCUAUCUCGCGUUGGGGAAGAUCAGCACUGCACAAGAAUCUCUCACGAAACCUUCGAGAGGUAAAAGGCGACCCCAAUCUGGCUCAUUCGGGUCAAUACAGGACAUCGAGGACUGGAACACUCUGCACUUAUACGAAACUCCUAAUGCUUUGGGCUGCCCAAGUUGGCAGCAGACAAGGGGCUGGGAUUGGACCCUCGGUGAAGAUGGCAGUGAAGAUUUUGACAGUUCGCCCAAUCCUGGUCUUAGAGAUACCAGGUUCAUGUCUACUCACAUCCAGUACGCCAAGGGAUAUUUGGCGUCCCCGCUUGGCGAGAAGGCCGUCGGCGCCAAUGGAUACCUGCCAACUGGGCAACAACGCAGCGCAGAGAACCGUGGUAAUGCCGCCUGGAACGUAUUCGUAGCCCUCCAUCUUCUCCUUGAGGAACAAAAGUUGGAGAUCAUGACACCCGAAUAUGCCUUCCCGGGGACGGCGCCACUUCGAGUGAUCAUGUGUCAAAUCGCCCGUUGGCUGGGAUGGUACGACUUUGUUGCAGUGUAUGAGCUGGGAAUUCAAGAAGAAUUGGAGUCUCGCUAUGAUACAGGUCAGCAAGUCACUGUUGGAGAAUAUGAUGAGGUGCUAACAACCAAAACAGAGCUCCGCCUCGAAGUCCCUCUUACGCAACCCUCAGGUGUUGACUUUGACAUCUUUCACUGGAUACAGACUUGUCUUUCUGCCGGUCAAUACCACCCUUAUCUUACACUAGCUAACCUUUAUCACUCCCAAAACAUGAAGGCGGAUCAAGAGCAUCUCGAGGAUUCCAGAUGGGCCUCCAUCACGCCAAGGACGCUGAUGUUCAAGAGGCUCUUUGAGAAGCUCACACCAAAAAGCAGUGCCGCCGACAUGGUCGAAGCCAUGCACGCUGCGGGCAUUAGCAAUCGGGUUCUCGAAACCCUUCCAGAGGCCGUACUUGCACCGCUGAAAGACUCAAUCGCUAGAUGUCAAGCUCGGCCGCCUGCUUCAUGGCCCAAGGACUUGUUGGAGCUCGUCAACCGGGGCGAUAUCAGUAUGGUUCUGGAACCGAUUAAAAAAUUGCAGAAGAGCGGCGCCAACAUUCUUACACCGACGCAUAAUGCGUCAUGGGACUACCAAACUAUCUGUCACAGUGUCGAUGAGUACAACAACAUUGGCUACGACGAAGGAGAGGGCACUGAGCGACAAGCUGUUAUACGAGCGUUAUUUAAAGAGGACCGUCGCCUCAACGAGGCCCAGAAUCUUCUCUCAACUCACAGAGCUCGUGUUGUCCGCCUUGAGGCCGACGCGGCGUGGUCGGAGAGUGAAUACCUCGAAAGACAAAAGGAACUUGUGUCCAGAAUAGCUACGGGCACUCUGGCCAUUCCUGCAGGUCGAGCGCUCUUGUAUUACAGCUUACGAUACCCGCUGUUGACGCAGAAAUUCCACGUGUCCGGGUUCAACCUCAACUGUGUCGUCCGUCCGACAAAUGUCACCGUCGGAGUCGACAAGGCGCUUUUCACUGAAGAAAAAGUCUGCUGGGGAUUCUUCCACCAGGGUGUGGCGGCCGGACUUGCCAUUUCUCCGGAAGCCAAAGGUAUCGACACGUCUUGGAUCUUGUACAAUAAGCCUGGCCACGACCUCAGCAAUCGACACGCAGGCUUUCUGCUCGCCCUGGGCCUGAAUGGACACCUCAAGGGAAUAGCAAAAUGGGUUGCUUUCAAGUACCUCACUCCGAAACACACCAUGACCUCGGUCGGUCUCUUGUUGGGUCUGGCUGCAUCUUAUAUGGGCACCAUGGAUUCGCUCAUCACUCGUCUCCUUUCGGUGCAUGUUACUCGCAUGCUGCCCCGAGGCGCUGCAGAGCUGAAUCUACCCCCCUUAACCCAGACUACAGGUAUCAUGGGCAUCGGUCUUCUCUAUUGCAACAGUCAACACAGACGCAUGAGCGAGAUCAUGAUGUCUGAGAUUGAACACAUGGAUGAGGAAGACGAAGAUGAGCCCCUUCGAAGCGAGUGUUACCGGCUUGCCGCUGGCUUCUCCCUUGGCCUCAUCAAUCUCGGCAAGGGGAAUGAUCUCCGUGGGCUGCACGACUUGAGGCUCACGGAAAGCCUCAUCACCAUAGCUACAGCCACAAAGAAGGUCGAAAUGGUACACGUUCUUGACCGAGCAGCAGCUGGCGCGGUCAUGGCACUCGCCCUGAUCUUCAUGAAAUCGGAGGACCACAUCGUGGCCAGGAAGAUUGAUGUGCCAGAGUCCAUCGUCCAAUUCGACUAUAUACGGCCGGAUAUCCUGUUGCUGCGUACCGUCGCCAAGAACCUGAUCAUGUGGAACGAAAUUCAACCAAAGUUUGAAUGGAUCUUGGAGAGCCUUCCCAAGGCGUACCGUGGCCGGUACAAGCUCGUCAAUACCACCAAGCUGAAGAGUACCGACCUACCAUUCUUCAGCAUCAUCACCGGAAUCUGCUUCUCUAUCGCGCUGCGUUAUGCAGGCAGCGCGUCUACGAGGGUACGAGAUCUCUUGAUACACUACCUCGACCACUUUAUCCGCAUAUCUCGAAUUACCGCCACGCCGCGGCCACCUCCACACGACUAUCCCAUGUACGACGAGGAGCUCGCCCGAUCCAACGCGCGCAUGUGCCAGGACGUUCUCGCGCUCUCCGCCGCCAUAGUCAUGGCCGGCACUGGCGAUCUUGUCGUGCUCCGUCGCCUUCGUCUGCUACACGGCCGCGAUGAUCCCGACACUCCUUACGGCUCUCACUUGGCCGCCCAUCUGGCCAUUGGAUCUCUGUUCCUCGGGUGCGGAACCGCCACCUUUGGCACGAGCAACAUGGCCAUCGCCAGUCUGCUAAUCGCAUUCUAUCCAAUCUUCCCCACGUCAGUUAUGGACAACCGCUCUCACCUCCAAGCCUUCCGCCACUUUUGGGUUCUUGCCACCGACCCUCGCUGCCUUGUCGCCAAGGACGUUGCGACGGGCCAGCCUAUAACAGCCCCCAUAGAGAUCCGCAGAAAAACAACCGGAGCCGACAAUGCAGAGGAUGUUGUCGUCAUCCGAAAUACGCCCUGCCUCCUACCUCCCCUAGCCGACAUUUCCAGCAUUCGCACCGACGCGGGCCCAGCCUUCUGGGACCUCGAAAUCGACUUUGAAAAGAACCCCUCGCUCGUCGACGCUUUUAAGCAGAAUCAAAGCCUCUACCUCCGCCGGCGUCCCGCGCAAGAAGCCCCCUUCACGUCGACGCUUCGUGCGCUCGGACGAGACGCGCUGGCCGACGUCACAGACAAUGGGGCUCGCGAUCCGAUAGAAUGGAUCUUUGGCCUCGACGCCCUCCGCGACCUAACGUACGCUGAGCGCGCCACCGUCCUGGAUCGAAGCACGAGCUCCGAGGGCGCAGCUAGCGAGACCUCGGGAUCCGCGGUGGACGCUCGUCUCGUGCUGGAGCGGAGUAUGGAUGGGUCUUCGCGGGAGCGGCUUCUCGGACUGAAGAUGCUUUUCGAGUGGGCGGAUCGACGUGCGCAGCUUGAUGGGGGCUCGUGGGCUAAGGGCAAGGCUGCCAGGGCUGGCGGCGGCGGCCGUGGCCGUGGCGGUAGUGGUGGACGUGCGGAGGGGGAGAAGAAUCAGGAAUGGUGGAUGCGUGAUAGUGUUGUUGAGGAGCUCAAGGGACGUGUGUUUAUGGCUGGUCGCGAGGACGGGGCGGCGCAGAGUCUGCGAAGUCUUUGA